AUGGCCGCUUUCAGUCUACAGUGAUACGACUCUCUUUGCUGUUUGCCAAUAGGCCAGAACGGAAUUCAUUAAUAAAUACCAACGUGUGUGUUGGGUGUCAAAAUUCGUGGCUGUCGAGUAAUCUAGUUAAUACGUACUGAUAGCGUCAGUGAUAAAUUUCAGUGAGUACUGGUAUAUUGACAAGUUCGGAUGAUGUUACGGCAUCAGCAUCACUCGAUGCAAAAUCAGUUGAGAGAUCAGAACAGGAUGGCUGGGGGUACGCGUCAGAUGUCGCAGGCGAACAUGAUGCCACCUCACCAGCCACCCCCUCACAUGCAUCUGCACAGAGGGGUCCAUGCGGCCCAUCAUCAACAGAUGAUCUCCAUCGCCGGUCAACCUAUGCACCACAUGCCGCACUCCGGCCCCAGGCAGCCACUGCUCAUCGGUACAAACGCACAGAAUCCCAAUGGAUAUUGGCGCGUUUUAAUCUUCUCCCUCUUACUGGCUCUCGCAAGUGGUGGUGUGGAAGCGAAGUUACAUCGAUCAAAGUUAGAGUUUACUCUCGAAAAUUUGGAUCUGUUGUUCGGACCAACAGGGUGCAUUGAAGGCACGAUGGUGAGCAUUGGUAGCACCAGACAGACCGAGGGUGGUGUAGUACUGCAAGGUCAAACAGUGGUGCAGUAUCCGCACCAGGGAAGCCACCAGCAGCCACCCCAAUCCCAGGCCCCCUCAAGCCAGCAGCUCUCGCAACCCUCGAAUCCCGAGGUCAAGUCCCCAAAUCAGGAGAGCCCACACUCUCGAGAUCACAGUCCGUCCAACCAGAGCCACAACAAUGUCACCAAUAAUCUGGCAAACAUGAAAGAGAAGACACCGAUGUGCUUGGUAAACGAGCUAGCCCGUUUCAACAAGAUUCAACACCAGUACAGAUUGACUAACGAACAGGGUCCAGCCCACAAGAAGCGUUUCACAGUGACCCUGAAGCUGGGUGAAGAGGAAUACGUGGCCGAUGGGCCGAGUAUAAAGAAGGCCCAGCACAGUGCAGCAACAGAGGCAUUAACGAAAACCUGGUACAGGCAACCUCCACCAAAACCGAGAGGUAUGAGAAUUCCCCAGGGCAAAAAUCCCACAGGCACUGGCAAUUUCACAGGUCAUUUACCCCCAACGGUGGAGCUCAAUGCUCUGGCAAUGAAGAGAGGAGAGCUCACAAUCUACACAUUCAAACACGCGCCACCAGCAAAUCCCCAGCCGUUCGUCAGCCAUCAGUACGGAAACAUUCCCAAUCACCUGAGAAUCUUCAAUCCCCCUUAUCCACAGAUGAGUCGACCCUAUCAUCCCAAGUCUGAGGGCCUCUACUUCGUGACACUCAAGAUCGGGGAGAGGGAAUUCGUUGGUAAAGGAGUGACUGCUCAAGCAGCUAGACACGAUGCUGCCAGCAGAGCCCUGGAGCAACUUCGACAGCUGCCAUUACCUGAGGAAGUGACGGCAACAGUCACUGAGAAUGGCUCAACGACCGUUGAAGAUCCGAAUGCCGAGCUCAAGAGUCCUGUUUCACUGGUACACGAGACUGCCCUCAAAAGGGGACUCUCUGUGGGCUUCGAGGUUGUUUCGGAGAGUGGCAAGCCACAUAUUAGGACAUUCACGACAAAAUGCAUUGUCGGGGAGAAGGUGACUCUUGGGGAGGGGUCGUCCAAGAAAAUAUCUAAGAAACGAGCAGCUGAACUCAUGCUUGACGAGCUCAAGAGACUUCCCCCCAUUCCUGGUAGUGUUCAGAACAGGUCAAUCAGGCUCAAGAGGAAACCACCGGCCACUAAGAAGAAGUCACGUAAUUUGAUUAAGGACUAUCAGGAGCCCAAGAAUGAGGCGGAAACUUCCGACGAUGUUAAUCCGAUAUCGCGUUUAGUACAAAUACAGCAAGCAAAGAGGGAGAGAGAACCUGUUUACACGUUGAUCGAGGAGAAGGGUGCGCCGAGGAGGCGGGAAUUUCUCAUGGAGGUCUCGAUAGGGCAACACUCAGCGCAGGGGAUUGGGCCCAAUAAGAAACUGGGGAAACGGGCUGCUGCUGAGGCCCUCCUGACGCAGUUGGGCUACAGUAAACCGCAGGCACAACCCAGCAAACCAUCCAUCAAGACCGCCGAUAGUGAGAAUUCUACUAGUGAGAGUAAACCGAGGAAGGUGACGUUUUUGGAGGAUGAUAGCAAGGGGCAGGUACAGGACGAGCCACAGAGUCAUGGGGGUUCUCUGGGACGUCAGUUAGUGCCAGGUCUACUUCUGGUAGAUGGUGGACAAGAGUGUAAAUUGAACUCCGGGCCAAGUGUUCAAGCAGUGGCUGAGGAGCUUCGGGAGCAGCAGCAGAGCAGUCCCUCGGGUAUAUCCCCGAAAGAGCAGCUGAAGUACCUAGCCCAGUUACUGAAUUUUGAGGUUGAAUUCAGUGAUUUUCCAAAGACUUUUCAGGGUAUGUACAAGGAGUAUCUCUCCCUGGUAUCUCUCAGCACUGAUCCACCCCAGGUGUGUCAUGGCCAUGGGCCAACAUCCAGUGCCAGUCGUGAUCAGGCGGCCCUCACAGCCCUCCGGACCCUCAGCAAACUCGGUCUCGACAGUGUCACUAACACUCAGACCAAAAAAGACAAACCAGCGACUAAUGAUGCCAUCAAUCACCUUAAUAAUCAGGCGAAGAAUAAUGUUCUCAAUCAAGCGAUCGAGAAGUAACGAAGCACACUGGCUUCCUCGGUGCACAAUCCUCGUGCAUUAAUGGUAUAAAACAAUUCUACAUGUCUUUACUUUCAUAUUUCUUCGUUUUUACUGGAGAGAACGACAAAAGGUCCUUUUUAAAACGCAACAUUAAAAAUAAUCAAGGGAAGGUUGCGGUGAAGUUGAAAAAUCUUUGCUAGAAUUGAGAAGUUACUUCUCUUCAACUUUUUCUUUCUCGAAAACGUUCGUCAAUUCCCCGAAAAAAAUGAAAAUGUUUCCAAUUCACGGGGAAAAUCGAUUAUAAUUAUUUCUUAUAUGUCCCGUUAUGUAUUAUAAUGUUUUUCCGAGAAUUUCCACCUCUAACGAAGACUUUGAAAUCACAUUACGAUCUACCCUUGAUUAAAUGUCUUACGAGAGGAACUGUUAUAAUGCAGCCUGGAAAUAGUAGUAGUUUGUUGAAUUGGCAUUGAAGAAGGCUCGUUUUGACGCACUCUCCCCUCAGUUAAUUAACGAACCAUCCAAACGGGUCAAUGGUCGCUUGGAAUAGUGGACGCGCCUUUCUUAUUUAUUAAUUUUACUAGCAGUAUUAUUGCCCUUGCGGAAAAAACAUUUUCUACGAUUUUUUUUUAAAUUUUCUUUUAUCCACGUUGAGGUUUUUCAUUGAUUGUUUAAGGGGAAUUGUUCCUUCACUAUCAUUAGUUGAAAAUUGUUGGAUAGAUUUGUUAUUUAAUGACUCUUCCGCCUAGGGUGACACAUCAACACGUUUUCUUCACUCUGGUAAAUAAAAAAAAAAAGAUCAUUGAAAUUGAUAAUUCCAUGCUAUUUAUUUGUCAAGCGCCAUCAAUGAAAAAAGUAAAUGAACAAAAAAAAAUGAAUUGGGGGGAAAUUAUGAGACGACAUUGAGGCCAAUCUCCGCGGUCUUGGUUGCCUCUAAUGAUGUCUCGAAAUGGAUUUUUGAACAUGUUCUCUCUAUUUUUCAUUCUAUUUUUCCUUGUUCCUUCCUUAUGUUCAAUUAAACAUAAUCUCUUCCUUCCUCUUCGUUCUCUUCGAAAUUGAUCGAUUAAUCGAAGAGCCCCGAUCAAAUUCGAGUGCUCAUCGACGUCAGAUCUCCUGUUCUCUCGAUUAAUUUGAUAAGUCUUUAUUUCCUUGUGUUUUCUGUAGCUCUCGUUUAAUCCCAGCCCCAUACUGUCACCAAUUGUAACUUAUGAAUUGAUACCAUUAGACGUUUAACAAAAUGGAAAGGACAAAAUAAAAAAUAAAACCUAGAGGUAAUAAUCUACGAUUCAUUUUUUCGUUGCUUUACGAUUUACUUGCAAAAUGAAAGUUGAAUUUUGCCCAGCAAUUGUAAAACAACGCCCAGAACCGUAGCCUAUCACUUCAAAAGUGAAGAAACAAAUUAAAAUAGAUAAAUGGGGAAUUUAUUGUAACGAUUUAUGAUAAAUGAUAAUGUUAUAGAGCACUCUUGGAUGACCUCGGUGGCCUCUGUUUCUUGAGGUAAGAAAAUCAGGGACAGUAGGACCCACAUAACGAUGUUAUUCGUCUGUUAGUGUAUUUUUUUUUAAUUAUUCAAUUAAUCGUUCUCUCAACAAAGUUUUUCCCUCAUUUUCUCACUACGACAGAGGAGCAUUAACGAGUGUUUGUUGAAAAUUAACCGGUGUCAUCCAAACCAGUCUUAUUAUCAUUCGUAUAAGCCUAAUAAAUUAAAUGAAGAAUAAAAAUGAAAAAGGAAAAUAAAAGGUCAGCAGAUGCUAGACUUUUGCCAAGAUA